AUGAUGUUUGAUCCACCAGAUUACCCUUUCAAAGAAUUAUCUGAAACAUAUGAUUUACUUUUUAAUAACGAUUCAGAAAACAGUGGACAACAAUCAAGUUCAAAUAUAAAUGUAACUGAUACAUUACUUACAGUUAACAGUGUGGAAAAUCAACUUGCUUUUAAUUCCAAUGAUUCUGGAAGAUUUUUUAAUGUAGACAAUUCUAGUUUAUUCCAAGAUAAUACUCCAACUGUACAGAACACCGAACUGUACAUAGUUCAGUCAGAUAAUUUAUUUAAUUUUGAACCUCUUCUGCUCGAUGAAAAUACUGUUAAUCAGUUUCUUUUGCCUCUUCAAGAUGUUGCUGACAAACCUAAGAAUGUGGACAGUGGGGGCCCAGACCUACUUGCCUUACACUCCUGUAUGAUAUGUCAUGAAAUAUUUACUACAGAGUCGGAUCUAUUAGACCAUACUAUUUUACUACAUACUUCAACUCCUGACAGUUCUUCAGAAUAUACACAAAACACUAUCUCACCUCUUACAGGAAAUGAGAAAGUAGGAGCUAAAAUAACGGAAGAGCUAAGUAACAGUAGCGAAAACUUUGAAACCGAAUGGCUUGUAUGUAAAAUGUGUGAGCGUGUGUUGUCAACUGCUCUAGAAAUUGAACCCACAGAACAAUUAUGUUGUAUCGACGCUAACGGCAAAAGCAGUGUAUCUUCACGCAAACUAUAUACGAUGUAUGUUUGCGAUUUUUGCAGCGGCUUAUUUGCUGAUGGAGAUGCUCUAGAUAAACAUCGAUUAACUUGCUUUAUAGAAGAUGACAACAACAUGUUUGAAAAUGCAAAUGAUACUUGCAGUAUAAACAGUAAAGUUUCCAACUGUACAGAGAUAUGUUGUUCUUGUGAUAUUUGUGGCAAGCAAUAUUUAUCAACUGAGGAGUUAAGAAUUCAUAAAAUAGAGUCACAUAAACCUCCACCUGCAAGAAAUACAAGACGUGCUUAUACAAAUAGUAACAAUAACAAGAUGUGGAAUUGUGGAUCAUGUAACCAACUAUUUGCGACCGCCAGAGAGCUAUAUCGUCACAAGCGCGGUGAAGACCGACCUCAAGGAGCUCCAUUAAUGGCUUAUGUGUGUGAAGAAUGCGACAAAGUCUUAGGAAGCAUGUGUGCACUACACACACACAAGAAAAUGCACAAAGUUACCAAACCAGCAUUCUCUCCCAGUCAACCUUCAGGUGAUGGGUACCCAUGUCGCGUGUGUGGGCGUCGGUUCAAUCAGUCGGGUCACUUGGCGAUCCACAUGCGAAUGCACACCGGCGAACGACCUUACCCCUGCGAUCUGUGUCCUAAGGCUUUCAAAGUUAAGGUGGAGCGCGACGAUCAUCGUCGAACUCACACCGGGGAGCGGCCCUUCGCGUGCACUGCUUGCCCCAAGACGUUUACAGCCGCGGCACGGUUGCGUGAACACGCACGCAUUCACACAGACCAAAGGCCAUACCGUUGCGAUAUUUGCGGCGCAGCCUUCAGAAGACCAUACGCUCGUACUGUCCACACCCUAAUUCACACUGGUGAGAAACCGCAUGAAUGUGAUAUCUGCGGUACAGCCUUCAGGCGAUCUGGAGACAUGUGGAAGCACAAACGAACACUGCAUGGUAUACAAGCUGUCACGAUAGAACCAGAACCAAAGAAAUAA